AUGGCAGCCCGAGUACUUGUCAUUGGCAAUGGAGGACGGGAACACACACUGGCCUGGAAACUUGCACAGUCUACUCAUGUCAAACAAGUGUUGGUUACCCCAGGAAAUGCAGGCACUGCCUGCUCUGAGAAGAUUUCAAAUACUGACAUCUCAAUCAGUGAUCACACUGCCCUUGCACAGUUCUGCAAAGAUGAGAAAAUUGAAUUUGUAGUUGUUGGACCAGAGGCACCUCUAGCUGCUGGAAUUGUUGGGAACCUGAACUCUGUGGGAGUUCGGUGCUUCGGCCCCACAGCAGAAGCAGCUCAGUUAGAGUCCAGCAAGAGAUUUGCCAAAGAGUUUAUGGACCGACACGGAAUCCCAACUGCAAGAUGGAGAGCUUUCAUUAAACCCGAAGAAGCCUGUGACUUCAUUAUGAGUGCAGACUUCCCCGCUUUGGUUGUGAAGGCCAGUGGGCUUGCAGCUGGGAAAGGGGUAAUUGUUGCCAAGAGCAAAGAGGAGGCCUGUGAAGCUGUCAGGGAGAUUAUGCAGGGUAAAGCUUUUGGAGAAGCAGGAGAAACAGUUGUCAUUGAAGAACUUCUUGAAGGAGAAGAGGUGUCUUGUCUGUGCUUCACUGAUGGACGGACUGUGGCCCCCAUGCCACCAGCACAGGACCAUAAGCGACUGCUGGAGGGCGAUCAGGGCCCCAACACUGGGGGAAUGGGCGCCUACUGUCCAGCCCCUCAGGUUUCUAAGGAUUUGUUGCUAAAAAUUAAAAAUACCAUCCUUCAGAGGACAGUGAAUGGCAUGCAAGAGGAGGGUAUGCCAUACACAGGUAUCCUCUAUGCUGGUAUAAUGUUGACCAAGAGCGGCCCCAAAGUUCUGGAGUUUAAUUGCCGUUUCGGUGAUCCAGAGUGCCAAGUGAUCCUCCCACUUCUUAAAAGUGAUCUUUAUGAAGUGAUCCAGUCUACCUUAGAUGGCCUGCUCUGCACAUCUCUGCCUAUUUGGCUGGACAACUGUGCUGCCGUAACUGUGGUCAUGGCAAGUAAAGGUUAUCCAGGAGACUACAGCAAGGGUGUGGAGAUAACAGGGUUUCCUGAGGCUCAGGCUUUAGGACUGGAGGUGUUCCAAGCAGGCACUGCCCUAAAAGAUGGCAAGGUGGUGACUAACGGGGGUAGGGUCCUUACUGUCACGGCCAUCAGGGGAAAUCUCAUCUCAGCCCUUGAAGAAGCCAGGAAAGGACUUGCCGCUAUAAAGUUUGAGGGAGCUGUUUAUAGGAAAGACAUCGGCUUUCGAGCCAUAGCUUUCCUCCAACAACCCAGGGGCCUGACUUACAAGGAAUCUGGGGUAGACAUUGCAGCUGGUAAUAUGCUGGUCCAGAAAAUUAAACCUUUAGCAAAGGCCACCUCCAGACCAGGCUGUGAUGUUGAUCUUGGAGGUUUUGCUGGUCUUUUUGACUUGAAAGCAGCUGGUUUCACUGAUCCUCUUCUGGCCUGUGGAGCAGAUGGUGUUGGGACGAAACUGAAGAUUGCCCAGCAGUGCAAUAAACAUGACACCAUUGGUCAGGAUUUGGUUGCAAUGUGUGUAAAUGACAUUCUUGCACAAGGAGCAGAGCCCCUCUUUUUCCUUGAUUACUUUUCCUGUGGAAAACUUGACCUCCAUAUGACUGAAGCUGUUAUCGCUGGGAUCGCCCAAGCUUGUAGAAAGGCUGGAUGUGCUCUCCUCGGAGGUGAGACGGCAGAGAUGCCUGACAUGUAUGCCCCUGGAGAGUAUGAUCUAGCUGGUUUUGCCAUUGGCGCCAUGGAGCGGGAUCAGAAACUUCCUCACCUGGAAAGAAUCACGGAAGGGGAUGUUGUUAUUGGAAUUGCUUCAUCUGGUCUUCACAGCAAUGGAUUCAGCCUUGUGAGGAAAAUUGUAGCAAAAUCUUCCCUCCAAUACUCUUCUCCAGCACCUGCUGGCUGUGGUAACCAGACCUUAGGUGACUUACUUCUAACCCCAACCAGAAUCUACAGCCACUCACUGUUACCUGUCCUGCGUUCAGGACGUGUUAAGGCUGUUGCGCAUAUUACUGGUGGAGGAUUACUGGAAAACAUCCCCAGAGUCCUCCCUCAGAAAUUGGGGGUGAAUUUAGAUGCCAAGACCUGGAGGGUCCCCAGGAUCUUCUCAUGGUUACAGCAGGAAGGCCACCUCUCUGAAGAGGAGAUGGCCAAAACAUUUAACUGUGGGAUUGGGGCUGCCCUCGUGGUAUCGGAGAACCUGGUGAAGCAGACUCUGCAGGAUAUUGAGCAGCACCAGGAAGAAGCCUGGGUGAUCGGCAGAGUGGUUGCGUGUCCCGAAGGUUCUCCUCGUGUGAAAGUCGAGCAUCUGAUUGAAACCAUGCAAAUAAAUGGAUCAGUAUUGGAGAAUGGAACCCUGAAAAAUCAUUUCUCUGUUCAACCAAAAAAGGCAAGAGUAGCUGUCUUAAUUUCUGGGACAGGAUCAAACCUCCAAGCUCUCAUAGACAGCACUAGGGAGCCAAGUAGUUUGGCACACAUUGUUGUUGUGAUCUCCAACAAAGCUGCAGUGGCUGGCUUAGAUAAAGCAGAAAAAGCCGGAAUUCCCACCAGAGUAAUUAAUCAUAAAUUAUAUAAAAAUCGUGAAGCAUUUGACACUGCAGUUGACGAAGUCCUUGAAGAGUUCUCCACAGACAUAGUCUGUCUUGCAGGAUUCAUGAGAAUUUUGUCUGGCUCCUUCGUCAGAAAAUGGAAUGGGAAAAUGCUCAAUAUCCACCCAUCCUUGCUCCCUUCAUUUAAGGGUUCAAAUGCCCAUGAACAAGUUCUGGACGCUGGGGUCACAAUCACCGGGUGCACUGUGCACUUUGUAGCUGAAGAUGUAGAUGCCGGUCAAAUUAUCUUACAGGAAGCCGUUCCAGUGAAGAGGGGUGACACUGUUGAAAGUCUAUCUGAGAGAGUAAAAUUAGCGGAACAUAAAAUAUUUCCCUCAGCCCUCCAGCUGGUGGCCAGUGGAGCUGUACGGCUUGGAGAAAAUGGCAAAAUCUGUUGGGUCAAAGAAGAAUGA